AGCCCACGACCAUUUUCACACCUUUCCCCGUUUCGCUCCCACCCGCAUCGCCCCUUUUCAAAUCCACGAACCCAACAGACCCAACAAGCAAAUCACCAUGUCCGGCGAGGGCCCCGAAAGCAUACCCACUUCCGCCGAUCCGCGCUCCAAGCGCCCGACCAAGAAACGUGCCCUCACACCAGUCUCCGCACAAGCCGCCACCGUCGAGGCCCUCUUCUCCCGCCCUGAUCAGGAGGUCCAUAUCCCGCCAUCCAGCUCUGCCGUCGCCAAGGCGCGCCUUGCCGCGCCCCCCGAGAUAGUGACUAACGUACAGGGUUCGUCAGCGGGUGCCGGGUCAGGCGAGUUCCAUGUCUACAAGGCGAGUCGGCGGAGAGAAUAUGAGAGGCUGAGGCAGAUGGACGAGGAGGUGAGGAAGGAGAAAGACAGCGAGGAGUUUGAGAAGGAGAUGGAGGAGAGGGCGAAGAGGGAUGAGGAGAAGACGAGGCGGAAUCGCGAGAGGAGGGAGAAGCAGAAGGAGGAGCAGGGAAGAAUGGGGCUGCACCGAGCAAUAAGGGGCCGAGGGUCGUGGUCACUAGGGGAGAUAAUGGGGAAGAGAUGGACCCAGAUAUCGCAAUCGCGGAUGCGCCAAGUGCUGUUGCGGAGGAGUCGAAGGGCAUCAUCAUUGAGGAAGACUGAAGACUGACGAGGCAUAUACCCCACGAGAGAACCAAGGAAGCUGGCCACGCUGUACAACAAAGGCGAAGAGGGCGAGAGGGUGCGG